AUGGGUAACCCAGGAACCUUAGACAGUGAGGCUAACCCAGGUGCCUUAGACUGCAUGGGUAACCCAGGAACCUUAGACAGUGCAGCUAAUCCAGGUGCCUUAGACCACGUGGGUAACCCAGGCACCUUAAACUGCCUGGAUAACCCAGGCACCUUAGACAGUGAGGCUAACCCAGGUGCCUUAGACCGCAUGGGUAACCCAGGAACCUUAGACAGUGCAGCUAAUCCAGGUGCCUUAGACCACGUGGGUAACCCAGGCACCUUAAACUGCCUGGAUAACCCAGGUGCCUUUGACAGUGCAGGUAACCCAGGUGCCUUAGACCAUGUGGCUAACCCAGGCACCUUAGACUGUGUGGCUAACCCAGGUGCCUUAGACAGCGCAGCUGACCCAGGCACCUUAGACUGCGCAGCUAACCCAGGCUCCUUAGGCUGCAUGUCUAACCCUGGCAUCUCAGACUGUGCAGCUAAUCCAGGUGCCUUAGACAGCGCAGCUAAUCCAGGUGCCUCAGACAGCACAGCUAACCCAGGCCCCUUAGACAGCACAGCUAACCCAGGUGCCUUACACCGUGCAGCUAACCCUUGCAGUGCCUCACACUAG